AUGGAACCUUCGAGACUUCCACCGACGCUCCACGACUGCAUUUCAAACGGAAUUCUGCAGAUGGACAAUGCCGCCAAACUGAUUUUAGCAAAGAUGCGGCGCGAGCAGUUCGAUGAGGCAGCAUACUAUGAGUUCAUUCGCUCAGAUGUAGCACCGCGAGCAACCCCCACUUAUGAUAGUUUGAAUCACCCGUUCGGACCUGGUAUCGAACUGCUGUGGGGGAUUGCUAAUAGGAUGACAAUUACUACGCCACCACAAAAGAUACAGGAAUAUUCCAUAAGGAUGAAUCAAAGCAGCGGUAGGAAUGAGACCCUCAAAAAUCUGCCAGAAGAAGUGGAAAACACUCUGAAGGGUAAGAGAUUAAUACUUUUAUUUAACAGUAGCUGUGAAUUAAGGGAAAGAACUUCAGAUUUUGCCGAGGAUAUGCUUGUUAUGGACAUGAGGAGUUGAAG